CAUCCUGCACUCAUGGAGAUCAUUUGCAUAUGGUGGGAAGAGGAAUAAAAGUUGAUUUUCUGUGCAUCGGACAAGUUAAAAGAAAGAAAAAAGGGCCACUUCAGGAGCCCCGUAAGCACAUAAAAAGCAUUAAUCCAAAGAGAAACUGAAAGUAAAGAGGGACGGGGAGAAGAGGCAAAGGAGCUGAGAAGACUUGAAAGACAAAAAGACUGAUAAAGACCAGGGUGAAUCUGAAGCGAAGACAAUCUGAAAACUUACAGACAUGUCUAAAGCCUGUACCCUGAAGAUUAGCCUUGCCAACAAGGAAAAGGUCGAUGAAUUCUGCACAAAUCUUAAUAACCAGGCCCAAAGCUUUCUAUCAGAGUUUAUACCUGAGAAGAUUCAUUAUCUGGACAACCUUCUAAAGAGCGAUGUGUUUAAUAUCAAUGACCUGACAUCACUUCAUUCUGAAUUAAACAUUCCGAUUCCUGAUCCCCCGAAUCCUGAGGCAGAGGAAACAAAAAUGGAAACUGACAAAGAAGAAAAGAAAGCUCCAAAAUGUGGAUUCUUGAAAGAGAAUGAGAAGCUUCAGAAAAUACUAAAUAUUGUCCUACCUGAGAUACGAACCCUGAGAGAGAGAUGCGCAUUGAUUAUCACUUGGAUCAAUCACCUAAUUCCAACAAUUGAGGAUGGAAAUGAUUUUGGGGUAUCAGUCCAGGAGAAGGUAUUAGAACGUGUCACAGCUUUAAAAACUAAAGUGGAAACUUUGCAGACCAGUAUCUCCAAGUAUCUUACAGAGAGAGGAGAUGCUGUUGCUAAAGCUUCUAAAGAGACACAUGUGAUGGAUUACAGAGCUCUGGUUCAUGACAAAGAUGAAGGUGCAUUUGUAGAUCUUAAACUAGCUCUGAUUGAUGUGAGGAACAUUUACAUUGAAAUAUUUGAUAUAAUUCUGAAGAAUUUUGAGAAAAUAACCAACCCUAAAGGAGAAGAUACAAAUACAAUGUACUAACUUUAGUAUCUUACCUGGUAUCUGGUACUACACAACUCAUCGUUUUCCUUCGGAUCCUCAGAAUUAUAUUUCCCUCUGCACUCAGUACAGCGAAGUUGUAACAAUAAAAUAAGAAGGCAGUGGUCCUUUGUUUCCUUUCA